AACGCAAAACGCGUUUUUUUGCGGUAGGAACGAGGGAACAGACAAAGUGGAGGAAAGCUUUGUAUUUAUCCAUUUUAUUUCUAUACGUGCCGGAAAAAGCAUCACGUUCCUCUCUUUCAAGGCUUGUCAAGCAGCUUCGCGGCCAACGCUUCUCGAAGAAUUCGCAAGAAAGUCCAGCCAAAGAAAAAAAAAGCCGUUAGAUAGUCCGAGAAAAUGAUUCCGAUGUUCGUAAAGGGUGCAUUGCUGGCCGCACUGGUUGCGCUGCUCACGGUGAACGCAUUGCCCGCGGAGGAAACGGCAGGUGUUACUGUAACGCCGAAAAUCGAAGUGGCUAACGUCAGCGAUGAUCUGCCACAAACAACUGUAGCUCCUACUGAUGAUAAAAACACGACAACGUCAACCACCACCACAACUACUACGGAAGCAACUACCACCACCACCACCUCCACCACUCCGGCCACCACCUCCUCCACGACUCCGAGUUCUAAUACAACCACCACCUCCACCACUCCGGCCACCACCACCUCCACGACCCCAAGUUCUAAUACUACUACCACCACCAGCACCACCCCAGCUACGCCUACGACGUCGACGGUGGCUCCCAGCACUACGCCGGCUCCAACACCGGUGCCGCACUGUAACCGAUUCGACCCGUACUCCUUCGUUGGCGGUAUGAUCCUUGCCUACGGCUCGCUGGCCAUCUCGCUGGUACUGUACAAGUUCUACAAAACGCACACCAGUGCCGGUGCCAUCAACAAUUCCAACAACUAUCGUACGCUGUAAGCGAUCGCAAGGGCAAGGGGGCGAGUCGUCCAGUGUGUCCCACCAUCACCAACCGCCCUGCGAUUCACCAGUGAUCGCCCCCGGUAUCAGUAGCCCACUUUUUUAUCAUCCAUUUGCGUUCAGCUUUUGCUAGUGUGGACGUGGGUUCUAUUCACUGUCCCAAAAACACACACACAACCAAACCAACUGUUUGGUGGUGAUUCAAAGUAGGGACAGCAAAACAUCUCUUUUUUACUUCUUAUUAUUGUCCAAUCUAUUCGAUUUUCUAUUUUCAUUUCAUUUCCAUCAGCCCACUAUCCCGUGGCAAAGUUUGUUCAGUGAUAGAGGUAUUUUAUAUUUUUUUCCUCGUGCUUGUUUUCGUUUCGCCCCCGGAAGCCAUUAAAAUCUAAGUCUGGUGCGGAUAGGAUGUUGGAAGUAGAAAGAGUGCGACGCGUGCGUAACAAUAUCAAUCAAUUUAGAUAGGCACUCGUUUUGGUGAAAAAAAGAAAAACCGACCGCUUUCAGUAGCAUAGAAGUAGCUUUCAGUCGCAUUUUUCCCUUCCUUCUCGUUAGUAGUACCAAAGUGCCAGGUAGCAAAACAUAAAAAUCCUACAGAAUUUUACAUCCCAUACCUAGGACACCAGCGUAUGAGAGAGAAAGAGAGUGCAUUUAAAUCAGGUUUUCAAGAUCAGAAUCUGGGUCUGUAAAGGAUUUUUUUAUACAUAUUUUGCUUUUCCUGUACGGCUGAAGGGAAACGGUUGGGCACGACCAUUUAAUGAAAUAAGAAUUAUUACACACACACACACACAAACGAAAAGGAAGAAAGAUUUACCACUCACAGUUUGUUUUUUUUUAUAACCAACGUUCCGAUCCAAAUUUUUAUACCAAAACUAUCUUUCUAUUAUAUUAAUCAUAAUCAUACACUACUUUAACACACGUACACAAACACAUCUUUAUUCGAUAAAUCCUGCAUCAGCAGACUUUCUGUAGGUUUUCGGCAAAUCCAGUAACAGUUCAGGAACAAAUAAAAAUUAACAGGGAAUUAGACAAAAAAUAUACAUAUAGAAAAUAUGAUUCCAAUUGGCUGCAUAAGAUCGGUGUGGGUAGUAGAUCCCACACACCUCCUCGAAAUCCGCACCCAAACACACAUAAGUAUGUCUACUAUUACUCACUGUUGUUCUGCUGCUGCAGGGUGGUGCGAGAGAAACGGAGAGAUGGAGAGAGCUACAUAAGCUAAAUUGUUACUGUAAAAAGAAAAUCGUAUGAAAUAAAAAGGCUGAGACAAUGUGUAAGAUCGCUCUGGUUUGUAGCGAGAGAUAGGAGGAAAACGAAACCUGGGAAAA